UCUGUUUCCCAGCUUCUCCCUCGCGGACAGCUUUGGCAUUAUUUGCAUCCCCUGAUAUUCUUCUCUUCACGUCCUCCCACACCCGAGGUUUCGUCCCGCGGGACUUUUGCGACGGCAUCCCGAUAGCAAUCACGAUGUUUGUUUCGGUUCCCUCCAACCCAUAGUUUGGGGCGUCCGCGACAAAGCUGGGUAGCGGCGCAUGCUUGGAUGCACUACGUCGUUUUGUUUCGCGUGGCCAAAGGGACGGGUAGAGGGGUAAGCCGCAAAGAAGCGGUCCGGCAGGCAGUUGGUGCGAUUUCGUCUCAACAUCAAUCGCCGUUUUCCAUUGUCAUGAGUGUCGGGAAACAGAGACAGCCCAAGGUGUUUAAUGCCAUAAAUGGCUUCAAGGGCGUGUUCACGAGUCGGCAAGAAGGUGUAUUUGGGAUUUCGCAGGCGGCAUCCCGCCCGAAGAUGCUUCAUCCAAGCCGAUCUGGCCCGAAGACCCAGCUUUCGCGUCUUUGCUCGUUGCGACAUGACAAGUGUCGGUGUAAAAGGAGGCUGACGGGAGCUACCAGACAUCACCAGCCCGCCGCAUGUCGCCGCUCUGGGUAUCGAAGGAGACAACGCCUGCUUCGAGUAUAAAAGAGACAGCCGCAUUGCUGUUGCUUGUCGAUCAUACUCGCGCUCCCAGAACAGCACAGGAUUUACCUCGGACUUUGCUAAGCACCGCCACAGUAUCGAUAGUUCCUGGUCCCAAGUUAUAAUGAAGAUUGCUGGGCUCAUCUCCGGGGUUAUUCUUCUAGCCACCCUCGGCUAGGCAAACCCAGUGGCCCAGGAACCGAAACCCCAGCCCAUUGGAGGUGACGUGUCUGUCCAGAACGUGGAUGGGUGUCCUGAUAUCAUCCUAGUGUUUGCGAGAGGGACCAGUGAGCCGGGAAACGUCGGAAUCAUCGUGGGUGCGUUGGGAUGUUCCCACUCCCUUGGAGCCGUGAAGAUUUCGGGACCAAACACACCCAACACCAGGCUGGUUACGGGGCGGUUACGGGGCCCCGAUUUCCCGGUGCUGUUAGGGAGGCUGCAAAAGGGAAAAGCGUCGGCAUGCAGGGCGUGAACUAUGAGGCCUCAUUCUACGGGUUCCUAGCUGGCGGCGACAAGGAUGGAGGUGGGAACAUGACCAAGAUCACAACAGAUUUCGUCAAUAAAUGUCCCAACUCUAACAUCGUAGUUUCGGGCUAUUCGCAAGGCGCCCAGGUGACGCACCUGGCGGCCCAGGCGAUGUCCCCCGAUGUCCCGGCCAAGAUCAGCAGUGCCGUCGUGUUUGGCGACCCGCUCGAUGGAAAACCGAUCCAAGGCGUCCCGAAGGAGAAGACGCUGAGCAUCUGCCGCGACGGCGACCCCAUCUACCGCAGUGCUGGCACCCUCGUCCUCAUCCCGCACCUGCAGUACGACCAAGGCGCGGGCAAAGCUGCCCAGUUUGUCGUCAGCCAGAUGAAGACCCGCCGCUCCGUUUGAGGAAGAUUUACAAGGCCAUGGGGGAAAUGAAAGCAGAAAGGAGAUAGACAGGCAGGUGGCCUGGUAAAAGUGGAAGAUGGUUACGGGGCGACGAGAUGCUCAAGGGAAGUAUUAGCGUGAGCAAGUGGGUAGAUACCUAGGCAAGAGUUCGUGUUGGUUCCAGGGUAUGUGCACUGUUAGUUCGCUUCGUCCGACAACAGCGAUAGCGUAAACAUCUAU